GUUAUUGUCAAGACAGUACAGUAUUACUCUCAAGUUUCAAGUUCUAUAUUCCAGUAAAGAAGUAAACCAUACAGUUGCAGACGUCACUACUGUUAUAUGUCUUAUAUUAGCCCUUAAAAGUAUAUAAUUCAAUUACGAAACAAAAAUAUAAUACAUCCACCUACCAGCGUUCAAGCUCCGUACUUUUGAAUUGUACCGAUAAAUAAAGUUUCAAUUAUUUGCGGGCCAGUGUUAAAAUCGAAAAAAAUGCAGCUAACAGUGGAUCCAAGGCGAGCUGAUCGUGAACGUCGUUAUAAACCCCCACCAGCAACUUCAGCUCCAGCUGAGGACCUUACUACAGACUACAUGAAUAUUCUUGCUAUGGUGUUCUCAAUGUGUGGCCUUAUGAUGCGCCUGAAAUGGUGUGCUUGGACAGCUGUGUUUUGUUCAAGCAUUAGUUUUGCUAACUCUAGAGUUUCAGAUGAUACAAAACAGAUUGUCAGCUCCUUCAUGCUUUCAAUAUCAGCUGUAGUCAUGUCUUAUCUGCAAAAUCCUGCACCUAUGUCUCCGCCUUGGGUAUCUCUAACAACAUAGUGAUCAAAAUUACACUAUAAUAAAUAAAAAAAUAUUUAAUAUAUUAUCUAUUAAUGUA